AUGGAAGUCAUAUCAAUUUUCGGGCCAAAACAUGGAUCUCUAAUCUCUCUUCAUUCUUCUUACAACCUAUUUAAAGUAAGUAAAGUCACUCGCUUUCGCCGGACAUUAUUUCCCAGUAACCAUGCAAAGGUUUUUCGUUUCAAGGCUCUGACUUGUGAUAAUCAAGAAAGCAAUAAUAUGUUCAAGGAACUGCCAACUUCUGAAUGGACUCAUCACUUCCACUCUAUUCAAGUCGAUGUCUCGGAAAUGGAUGCCAUCAGGAUAGAGAUUGAUGCACUAAAGCCGAAAGUGAAGAACAUACUUAUGUCUUUCCAAGGCAUUGACUCGACAAAGAAGAGAAUCCUUAUGAUAUAUAUGCUGAUAAGCCUUGGCCUUGCAUGUCAAUUUGAGGAAGAGAUCUAUGAGACUUUAAAAGAGGGUUUCGGAAAAAUAGAGGAGAUGAUGGCCAAUGAAGAAGAUUUGUACACAGUUUCUAUCAUCUUUUGGGUUUUCAGGAGAUAUGGUCACUACAUAUCUUCAGAUUUCUUUAGGAGAUUCAAAGGGAACGACGGAAACUUCAAAAAAUCUCUUAUUGGAGAUGCCAAGGGUAUGUUGAGCUUUUAUGAAGCUGCCAAUAUGGCGACGACGAAAGAUUAUAUACUGGACGAAGCAUUGAGCUUCACAUCGAGCCACUUGGAGUCACUAGCUGCAAAUGGGGCGUGCCCGCCUCAUAUGUCAAGGCGUAUACGAAAUGCUCUCAAUGCAUCUCAGCAUUGGAACAUGGAGAUGCUAGUCGCUGUGGAAUAUAUAUCAUUCUACGAAAAAGAAAAAGACCACAACGAGAUGCUACUCAAGUUUUCUAAGCUCAAUUUCAAGUUUCUACAACUCCAAUACCUUCAAGAACUCAAAGUUCUUACAAAGUGGUACAAGGAGGUAGAUUUUGUAUCUAAGUUGCCACCUUACUUCAGAGACAGAAUCGUCGAAAACCAUUUCUUUAUACAAACGUUGUUUGUGGAGUCACAACACUCACGUGCAAGGAUUAUGAUGGCUAAGUACUUCAUUCUUUUAGUAAUUCAAGAUGACACCUUGGACAGAUAUGCGUCCCUUCCUGAGGCUGAAAGCCUCGUAAACAGCUUGAAUAGGUGGGCUCCUGAUCAUGCCAUGGAUAAACAACCUGAUUAUUUGAAAUUCGUGUUUAAAUUUAUAUUGGAUACAUUUGAAGAGUUCGAAAAAGAACUUAGGCCAGAAGGAGGAUCUUUCGGUGUGUGUGCCACAAUAGAAGAGUUCAAGUCACUUGUGAAAGCCAACUUAGAGGCUGAAAAAUGGGCACUAGCGGAUAACAUGCCUAGCUUUGAGGAGUAUAUAGAGGUUACUGGGGUGGGGAUCACAGCAAUGACGACUUUAAUGGGUGCUAUGAUGUGUAUGGGAAAGAUAGUUCCGAAGGAAGAUUAUAAGUGGCUCAAAUCCAGACCAAAAAUUAUCCAAGCUUUAGCUAUCAAAGGUCGUCUAAUGAAUGAUAUGAAAGGUUACAAGGAAGAUAUGAGUAGAGGAUAUGCGGCGAAUGCGGUCACCUGUUAUAUGAAACAAUAUAGAGUUACGGAACAAGAAGCUUUAAAGGAGUUUGAAAAAAUGGUUGCGGUUGCAAAUAAGACAGUAAAUGAAGAGUUUUUGACGACAAUGGGAGUGUCACGCUUGGUUCUUAAGCUAGCAAUGGGCGUUGGACUCAUGAUCUCUAUCACGUACAGUGAAGACGAAGGAUACACCCAUCCCGAAGGAAAAAUCAAGGAGAAGAUGACUACACUGUUCGUUGAUCAGAUCCCUCUUUGAAGUCUUGAAAAAAUGUUUUGGCAACCCCAUAUAUGUUCAAGCCUUUGUUCUUGGUUUCUUUUACAACACCAUGUUUUUGCUUUCUACGGUCUAAUUAAUUAGAUCAGACCACCUUAAAUUCACAAGAAGCUGUGUAUGUUUUCUAAUUAAUGUGGGUUAGAUCAGACCACCUUAAAUUAAG